GUUUCGAUAUUCAUCGUGUGAGUGCGCGGUUGCAACUCGCAGCGGAAAUGAACACGAUAAAAGAAGGCAGCUACGUUGUGGUUAGAGGGUCAAACAACACGCGGUUAGUUCAGGUAGACAGCAAGAAGCCCGUAUUCUUCGGCAAGAGGAAAUUCAGCAUUCAGACAGCAAUUGGAGAGGCUUUUGGGUCUGUCUUUGAGAUUGAUAACCGUGAUCUGCGGAAGAUAUCGGCUGAGGAGUACAGAAAAAUAUGUUCGGAGUGUGAGGUUCCUGGUGACGAUGCACCAACCAGUGGACAAGACAACAGGAAUCUUCUCGACGACGGCAAGUCACAGAAACUGACAAGAGAAGACAUAGAAACGUUCAAAGCAGAUGGCACAUCUGGCGAAAGGAUCGUCAAGACGCUGGUAGAGAACAGCACAACGUUUAAGGAGAAGACAGAGUACGCUCAGCGCAAGUACCUGAAGAAGAAGCAAGAUAAAUACCUGCAGCACGUGAUGCUUGGGCGGCCCACGGCACGGCUUCUGGUAGAGAUGUACUACUCGCAGAACCCACUCAAGAUUGGGAACAUGCGUGUCGACUCACUGGCUCAAAUGCUGACCUGCUGCAAUGUGCGGUCGGGUGGCCGCUACAUAGUGUUUGACUCCUGGGUUGGCCUCCUGACCGCCGCCGUGCUCGAGAGGCUGGGCCAGCAAGGCAGUGUGGUCCAGGUCUAUGCAGGACAAGGACCUGACAGCUCGUACAGACAGGCUGUUUAUGCACUGAACUUGGAAGAGGAGUUUCUUCGAUCCACUGUGCUGGAAUUGCCUUAUGCAAAGGCAUGCUCGCUGCUCACCGACGCAAACAGUGAAACACCGGAAGGGAAGCCAGAGAGUGAGAACCAGAGUGCCGAAAUGGAAGACGUGUCAGAGAUGAACUCGCUCUCUAACAAUGACAGCGUCGCAACAGCUGACGACUCCCAACCGAGCAAAGAACCAGCCUCAGCGAAAGAUUCCAAGGACUUGGAGCGUGCUGCAAGGAAACAGCGGAGGUUACUUGAACAGCAAAAGGCGAUAGACCUGCUGAAGACAAAGUCGUUAGACGGGCUGCUCGUUGCAAGCAAGCACCACCCAACUUCCAUCGUCCUCUCGCUCCUCGAGUUCAUUGCACCCUCCAGGCCGUUUGCCAUCUUCUGCAGUUUCCAGGAGCCACUUGUUGACUGCUACACUCAGCUGAAAAAUUCUGGCAGCGCUGUCUUCCUCAAGUUGACCGAGAGCUGGCUCCGAAGUCACCAGGUGUUACCCAACCGGACACACCCUUCCAUCAACAUGAGUGGCGGCGGAGGCUAUGUGCUCACAGGCAUCAAGGUCGCAGACGUGGCGUGAAUGUUGCAAACAAUCCUUUCGCGCCCCAUGAUACAGUCUGGCAGGCAGCGGCUUGGACCUCUGUCGGCUUUCUGCAUAAACUGUUCGGUGCAGGAAAGUUUGUAUAGAUGCUGAUGACGUUUGAGGUGGCAAGUGCCACUUUGUGGAAAAUCUGUUCCCCCAAGGACAGCGACGUUGGUGCUGUUUGAACUUGGAUCUGUGUUUUUUUUCUUCUUCUUGAAGUCCUAAAGGCAAAGUUUAACGCCGACCUCUGUAAUGCUUGAAACAAACUGUAAAGGAGAACACGCACAUAAAUUAAAUACCGUAUUUACUCGCAUAAUGAACGCACUUUCUUUCCCAAAAAUGUGCGCAAAGUUGUGGGGUGCAAUCACUAUGCAGGGUAAAAUAUUGAGCGAUUUUUUUUCCGUGGCCACCUCUAAAAAAGUCUCAAUUUUGCACAAAAGGCAAACCAUCGAUUCCGAUAGCACAUGCGUAGGCAGCUACACAAAGUAAGAAUAGUUUCAUCGGCCGUAUAAUCUUGCAAACAUUUGCUAACUAUGUAAAUUAACAAGCAUGGUGGCAGCGCACACAGGCACACAUGAACACAUCACACUCAAUGACUGCAGACACUCGCUGUCAAAACGUUGGCGUGAGGAAGCAUGGCAGCAACAGUGAGCGAAGUGACCUUCAUGCCGUGUAUCGCUUCAACAGAAACUGAGCGACGAGAACGGAGCACGCACAAAGGUAUAAGCCACCGUUGCACUGUUACUCAGCCCCCCCGACACAGAUCGCUUUCAAGAUAAGACCGCUCUCAGUUGCUGCGCCAAACCCCCCCCCCCCCCCCCCCCGGCGCCAUGCGCGCAAUCAGAAUACGGCACGUUACCUCCCUCUUUUCCUCCCUCGCACGCAGGAGAUUGAGGCGCAAUCAUAGGCGGCGACGGCAAAAAUGUGCCUGGAGUGUCCAUAUAAUUGCUGUCGCAAUAAAUGUAGAAGACACACGGUACGAUUCGGCAUCCGAUAUGGUGUCCGAUACGAUCGUACCCGCCGGAUGCCAUAUCAGACGCCGAAUCGUACCGUGUCUCUCCUACUUCACAGCAGCAAGUUCAGGGCGCAUUCAUUAUGGGAGGGAAAAAAAAACACACUUCUUGAUUGGGAAGGUUGGGGGUGCGUUCAUUACGUGAGGGCAUUCAUUAUGCAAGUAAAUACAGUGAGUUAUGUGCAUUGCUAUGCAUAAAAUCUCACUUUUCUUAGAGGCAGGAAGGGUGGGUUUUUUGUUCAGGCCUAAUAAAGACAUAAUACUCUAGAACACUCAAACAAA